AUCCUGGAUGUGAAUGUAAAGUCGGCCUUUCUUAUGACCCAACUGGUGGUGCCUCAUUUGGAGAAGAGGGGGGGUGGGAGUGUUGUGUUUGUGUCCUCUGUCGCUGGGUACCAGCCUAUGCAGGCACUGGGCCCUUACAGCGUGAGUAAGACGGCCCUGUUGGGACUAACCAGAGCCCUGGCCCCUGAACUGGCCCACAUCCGGGUCAACUGUGUGGCCCCUGGUGUCAUUAAGACCCCCUUCAGCCAAGCAGUGACGACCCCCCCCCUUUCUAUUCUGUCAUCUUUACCUGUGUACCCUUUUCACUUCACCUACCCUCCUUACCCUCACUCCUCUUCCUGUCACACAUUUAUUCCCACGGGGGGCCAGCCAUCCUUUACAGCAGUGAUUCCCAACCAGAUGUACAAGGAUCCCUAA